GCGACUUGACGGUUGAACGUAUGGUUCAACCUCACCCCCAUGGCUGGUAGAAGGGUUAGUACGCUACCUUCAAUCGAAUCCUCUCAGCAAGCCCACAUCGAUGAUCUAGUUCAGCGAAACCGUACCCUCGACCAUACAGCCAAGAAAUUGAAAGAACAGGUUGAACUCGAGAAGACUCGCGCGAAAACGACCAUUCACGACAUACAAUCCAAGUGGCAUGCCGAGAAAAAGCAAUGGCGUGAAGCAGUCGAUACGUUACAGGCCUGUCAUCGGAUUGCCUAUUUACGCGUGCAGGUGCAAGUCGAAACCGAGCGCAAGAAUGUGCUCAUGGAGCAAGCAGCUAGGAGAAAGGAUAAACUAGCGAAAGCUCAUCGUGAUACUAUGAUCACGAGGUUCCAAAUCAGAGAGAGCGAGUUAGAACGUGUGUAUGAGGAGGAAGAGGGAAAGGCCGCCGAACGUAGAGCGCGAUAUGAAAAGGAAAUAAAGACGCUGAAAGGGAAUGUUGCUGAAUUGGUUGCUCGUGUGCACGCUCAAAACGAGCUUAUUGAGGCUGGCGAACUUGCUCAAGAUGAACUUCAAGACCAAAUCACCGAACUCCAGAAGGCCCGCGCUAAGAAAGGGCUGUCAUCAGAGUCCAUUGCUACUCGACUUGAGAGAACUAUUCUACAACUGGACAAUGAACGAGACAGAAAUGCGGACUUGGAACGCUCUAUCGACGAAUUGAAGAUGAACAAUGAAGAGCUUAAGCGGCAAAUCGACAAAUCGAAGUCUUCAGAAACCAAAGAUGGUACUGAAAUGGAAUCUUUACGGAAGAAGAGAUUGGAGCUUGAAGUUCAAGUUCAGGCGCUUGAUGCGAAGCUUGCCAAACGCGAGGGAGAUGAUGCGAAGUUUUCCGAGAUGACGAAGGCAAGGUUGAAGAACUUAGAAGAGAACAGAGUAUUGUGGCAGGAACGAGCCGAAGAGCUCGAAAGUACACUUGAAAAGCUAGAAGCUGAUUUUAAGCUUGCUACGACUGAACUCGCCAAACUCAAAUCCGCGCCCAAAGCAAAUGGCACUACCGUAGCAUCCCCUCAUAAGGUAUGGUCUUCCCUUCCGUCAACAGUACUCAACAUGUUACUGACACACCUUACCACUCAGAAAGCAAACACCCCGACGGGUGACGCUUCGGAGGAAGAAGUACAGGAAGCGAUAGCUCCGGUACCCUCUUCUCCUCCUACCCCUGGCAAUUCCCGAACGGACACCUCGUCAUCAAACAAGCCCCCUCGGCGCAGACGCGAGCAAAGCAAACCUGUCAACGAUGACUAUGAGGUCCCUUUCUCAACCAAAGGGAAAGGGAAGGGAAAGGAAACUGCUCUUGCGAGCGAGAACCGUCAUCCCAAGACAAAGGGGACACGAGCAAAAACCAAGCCCCGUUCUGAUUCACAGUUGCAGCAGGAGAGUGAAAAGCACAGUCCUACCGUCGCCGAAGAUGAUUCCGAGAUCGAAGAGUUACCUCCUGCCAUUCCUGACAAUGAGAAGGUCAAUCGUAAGGAGAAGGUUAAAAAAAAACGCAAGCCUGCGAGUGAUGAAGAAGAUGUGGACCUGGCAGCUGUUCGAAAGCCGAAGCGACGUAAACAGAACGGAGACGAGACGACACCUAACGUCAAUAAUAAACCAAGGUCGAAAUCGAAAGCCCCUCCGAGUCGUGCUGUUGAUGGAUCACUUGCCCCUGCGGGCGUUGGUGACUCGGCCAGCAAUCUCGCAAACACCAAACCUAAGAAGCGGAGAAUCAAUUUGUAUUCUGGUGGUAAUGACGUCCCUUCGUUUAACUUCAAGGCCACUGAUACUGGAGGUUUGAACAUACCCACGACACUGUCACCAGUGAGAGAGGAAGAUGCUCCGACCUCCACAUACUCACGACCUUGGGAAUUACUAAGAGGUGGAUUUUCACGUAAGAGGUGAAUGCGAACUUGGGGAGGAGCGAAACUACACCCAUGGUCACAAGUAUGACCAAACGAGCGACGGAGAGUCCAGACCCGGGCAAAGUGACGUUGGUUCUGGUACCGAGACCGAUAAUACACGGCCUUGUGGAGGGUCCUACCGUACGAUGUACUACAGGAGAUGUAUUCAUUCAUGUAUGGUACAGUACUAAGUCCAAUGCCGUAGUGGGUAACAGUGUAGCCACGUCAUGAAACUCCUCUCAACGUAGAAUCAGCGUGAUUGGAGCGAUUAAGGAGGCCUUGUUUUCUUCUUAACCACUUCAUAGAUUUUGAGCCCAGGUCCAAGUUCUACGCGGAAAGACGCCGACUAAAACGUAGCUGGGUAAGUGGUUG